AUGUCACGGGAUAGUCUGCCUUCAAUCAUAUUUUUCGAUGUCUUAGGGACAAUCGUGGAAUGGAGAUAUUGCAUCGCGAACGAAUUGAAUGCCGCAGCACAAAGAGCUCUUCAAGAUGAAGUUCGAUGUUUGACUGCCGAUGUGCGACAACGCGUGUCUGAUAUGCCCUCCUCGAGAUGGCAGGAUAUUGCUGAGGAGUGGCAUCGCACCUAUAUGGACUUCGGAGACACUUACGAUUCAUCUAAGCCCUUUGUCUCGGUUGAUGAAUAUAACCGUAUAUCUUUGGAAAAUAUUCUUAGUAAACGGCUCCUGCGAGAUUUAUUUAACGACGCCGACCUCAUACAUUUGACACUCACGUGGCAUCGACUUGACGCAUACUCUGACAGUGUGCCAGGCCUUUCGUUGCUGAACACAAAAUUUUCGACUUCUACCUUGUCAAAUGGCAAUGUAAAACUACUGGAAGACCUACAAAAGCAUAAUUCUUUGCCGUUCGAGCACAUUACCAGUGCAGAGCAUUUCAGUGCUUACAAGCCGUCGCCAGAGGUCUACCAUGGUGCUGCUCGCAGAUUAGGAUUCACCGUUUCGCAAUGUUGUCUCGUCGCAGCCCAUCUUGAGGACCUGCAAGCCGCGAAGAAAUGCGGCUUUCAGACAAUCUACCUUGAGAGAGACCUUGAAGAAGCAUGGGAUAGUGGAGAUGUCUCACGGGCCAGAGAAGAGGGGUUUGUCGAUUUUUGGGUGGAAGUUGGAAGCUCUGGUCUGAUUGAAGUUGCUCGAUAUUUUGGACUAUGA